GAGAGAAGGCGGAUCUCCGAUGCACCAAUCCGCGGCGUUCCUCCGGUCGUUUAAAGAGCCUCUUUGUGUCAAUCACUCGUUUGUUCAUCGCCAUAUUGGGCUCCGAAAAGCCUCGCCUUGUUAUUUCUCUUCCCCUUAUUUACUACGACGCGCAGUUGACAGGAGCGGCCACCGCGAACGCUGCUUUUGUUUUGAUGCUCGUCGCCCGUCCGUGUUUAUCGCUCAUGCGGCGCACCCGGGGCGAGUCUGCCUUUACGCCCGUCGCUUUGGAUCGCGUUAACGCAGGAGGGAACGCUCUGUAACAGCUGUCGGGUUUGUGUUUUCGCACUUGAACGCCUUAAAAUGUCCAACGUUCGCUUGUCUAACGGCAGCCCGACGCUGGAGCGGAUGGAGGCGCGACUGUCAGACCAGCCCAAGCCGUCGGCGUGUCGGAACCUGUUCGGUCCGGUGGAUCAUGAAGAGCUAAAGAAGGAUUUCCAGCGGCAGCUGAAGGCGAUGGAGGACGCGUCGGCGGACGCGUGGAACUUCGACUUCUCCACGCACACGCCGCACACCGACGGCAGAUACCAGUGGGACGCGCUGGAUAUUCGCUCGGUGCCCGGUUUCUACAGCAGAUCGGUGCGGGCGAAGGGCUCCGAUCUUCACAUGUGCUCCUCUGGGAAUAAUAUCGACAAGAAUGUGGAUGUUAACGGCAAUCACGACUGUCGCGUAACGGAGCAGAGCGCGGAGACGCCCGAAAAAGACCGAGAGCAGAGGAAAAGAAGCUCCUGUCUCGACUCCUCGUGUCAAAGCAAACGCUCACACAUCUGUGUGGAUGAAGUGACACGGACGCCGAGAAAACCCAAAAAACCCAGAAAACACCCCAGCCCGACACUUACACAAGCCCAGUGAGAAGCGUGUGUCUAAUUCUCUCGUAUUUCCGGACAGGGCUGAAGUUGAUUGCUGUGGGUUUGAUGACCUCAGUGCUUGCUGAACGAAAGAUUUUUUUGGGGGGAGAAACGGACGAGCGGAUGGAGGAACGAGUGGAAAAUAAAACAUAUCAACUCUAAGAGUGUGUUCAAGCACUGAAACAAACACUAAAGUUCUGGCACUCAAGAAAAAAGCAGCUGCCUCGUAAAGCAGUGUAUGUAGCAGUGUGCAAUUAGGUUGCAUUUCCUUUUUUGCUCAUUUUUCGUUUUUCUUACUACCUGUGUAUAUAAAUAUAUAUUUGUUCCUUUUCAUAUGUAGCACAUAAUUAGGAUUAUGUUGGAAAAAUUCUAUUUUUUUUUUUUUGGGGGGGUGGGGUUGGUUUGAUUUGAAGAGUUGCCGUGUGUAGAUUAUUUCCGAAAUGCUGUUCAUGUUUGUUUCACGUUUUGAAGAUCUGUUUUUAUAUUGGCUGUGUAAAACAAAUUUUUUUUUUCAGAUGAGGUGCACAAAAUAGCAGUUCUUAGAAUGGAUCCGAACAUCUCGGCCUGUUUUUUUUUUUGUUUUUUUUUUGAAGGUGAUGUAAAAGUUCAAACUCUGAGGUCAAACCUUGUAGCAUCGACCAGUAUUACCAGUAUCAGGCACUUCCACGUCUCUCACCCUCUUAAAUUAUUUCUUUGCAAGAUGUUUCUUGAUCAUCUGUAAUUUGCGUGAGGUUUUCUACUGAUAUUUUGUUUCACUUUUGUUUGACUCAAUCACCCUU